AAUGGCAGCUGAUUACUGAAGCCUGCAGGAUUGCUGGAGCACUUGAUCAACAGAAUGACAGCCUAUAUUUAAGUAUUAAAGUGAUGAUAGAUAGAUAGAUAGAUAGAUAGAUAGAUAGAUAGAUAGAUAGAUAGAUAGAUAGAUAGAUAAACAGGGGCGGUUCAAAUAUUAUAAUGUGGCAAUACUCGUUCUGACGUGACGUGUACUUCCUGGAAGGGUGGUGCGGUACUUUCAGGAAACAAUUGUUAAAGUAAACAGCGAGCGUAUUAUCAAGCUGGACAACUUGCCGAAGCGCUGACAAGUAAAGAGGGGCCAGAGUGUCACGAACGCGGACAUGGAGACGAGUGCUUACGGUGCAUCGCUGGCCGGUGGAGCCUUUGACUUCUGGAGCUUUCUAAAGCGACCGCAGACUAUCGCCCGGCUGUUCAGUUGGCUCUUCGCCAUAGUGGUGUUUGCCACCAUAGUUUCUGAAGGCUACAUGAAUGAGCAGCAUGAAGACAUCACUAAAUGCAUGUUCAAUCAGAAUGAAAGUGCGUGCAGCUAUGGAAUUGGUGUUGGGGUUUUAGCUUUCCUGGCCUGUGCUGUCUUCAUUGUGCUGGAUGCCUACUUCCCCCAGAUCAGCAAUGCCAACGAGAGAAAAUACAUUGUGUUGGGCGAUCUUUGUUUCUCUGGUGUGUGGACGUUCCUGUGGUUUGUGUGUUUCUGCCUUCUAGCCAAUCAGUGGUCUCACACUACUCAAUCAGCUGUCCUAGCUGAUGCAGCUCGAGCUGUGGUGACCUUUUCCUUCUUCUCCACUGCCACCUGGGCCCUUCUUACCAUGUUCGCAUUACAACGAUACCGCCAAGGGGUGGACGAGGUUGGCCUAGGCUACAAUGAUCCAUCCAGUGACCACACUUCCCCGUACCCUUCAGCAUAUACUGGUGCUCCAGAGGGUUACCAGCAUUCCCCAUUCACCGCCAGUCCUGCGGGACAGGGAGGGUAUCAGCCUCCCGCAUACUGAGGGUGAAGGCAUUUUAACGCUUCUGAGAGGCUCAUCUGUGUGGACUGUUUCAUACGCUCCACUUUUUCCUUUUCCAUAAGAGUUGAAAUUGUCACCUGGGAUUGGUGUGCUUCGCUGGUGUGUUUUUUCAUGCUUGAAAAAAAAAAAUUUAUUUAUUUUUUUAUUUUCUUCUGAUGCAAAUUCUAAACAUAACCCUAAGUGUAAUUGAA